CAUUCGCUGGUGUCGCUGAAACGCGGUUUGUCCCUCUGUACUCGCCGUGAGCAUCUGAUAUGCAGGUCAAAGGUCAGUCCACUGCAGCAGACAAGAUGGAUGUCAGCCAGGCAAAACAAGAGCAUCUGCUCGCUUUAAAAGUGAUGCGGCUGACCAAACCGACACUUUUUACAAACAUGCCAGUGACGUGUGAGGACCGAGAUCUUCCAGGUGAUCUGUUUGUACGACUCAUGAAAGACGAUCCAUCGACCGUAAAGGGGGCUGAAACACUAAUCCUUGGGGAAAUGCUCACGCUGCCACAGAAUUUUGGAAAUAUUUUCCUUGGCGAGACCUUCUCCAGUUACAUCAGCGUGCACAACGACAGCAAUCAAGUAGUCAAAGAUAUUCUUGUGAAGGCGGACCUGCAGACGAGCUCUCAGAGGUUAAAUUUAUCUGCUUCAAACUCUGCCGUUUCAGAGCUCAAGCCCGAGUGCUGCAUUGAUGAUGUUAUCCAUCACGAGGUCAAGGAGAUUGGGACACACAUCUUGGUCUGUGCCGUCAGUUACACCACUCAGACUGGAGAGAAGCUUUACUUUAGAAAGUUCUUCAAAUUUCAGGUUCUCAAGCCUCUAGAUGUAAAAACCAAAUUCUACAAUGCUGAGGCUCCUGGUUACGGUGACGUCAGGCUUUCUCUCGAGUUGAUCCCAGACACGGUCAGUCUAGAGGAGCCCUUCGACAUCACCUGUAAAAUCACAAACUGCAGUGAGAGGACCAUGGAUCUGGUGCUGGAGAUGUGUAACACUCGCUCCGUUCACUGGUGUGGGGUGUCAGGCAGACAGCUGGGGAAACUCAGCCCCAGCGCUUCCCUCUCCAUUCCUCUCAAACUGCUGUCCUCCGUCCAGGGUUUACAGGUACGCCAAACUCAGACAUCAUCAAUGGGCUUUUUUCAUGCAUUUAUAGCAAAGGCUUAAGAAAUGCUUUUCGGUCCACAGGAUGUUGAAAUGAAAUCUGAAUUGGAAUGGCAAUAGGAUUUUACUGAAUUAUAAUUCUAAAAAACUCAAUGCAGUCAGUCACACAACCGAGGAAUUUCAUUAGUCUAACAGAAAUUAUGCGACAGAUG